CGAGGCGUAGCCGCACGAGGGAUACGGUAAAGCUGACUGUGUGUGUGUGUGUGUCUGUGUGUGUGUAUUCCAGCUGUAACUGCUCAACGGUUGCAAUGCGACGAAAACUAACAGCUUCUAUAGGCUUCUAGCCACGUUCUCUGGAUUUUGAUUCGUGGAUUAGCAAACUAAAGCUUCUUUCUCGAGUUAUGGUUAGUUUUCACAUUGAAGGCUGUUUCAGUCUCUUCAGAAUCUUUCAUAGCAUCAUCUGUUCGCACAAACUUUCUAUUCAACAUAUAAGUUAGCCUUCCACUAAAGCGCUAGCUUUUUGUUAGCUACAUAAGUCAGAAAAGAUUUGUUAAAGCAGCUAGCUAUAUAUACAUGUAUAUAGUAGCCAUUGUGAACUUGAUGUCUUUGGACACAUCCUUUAAUUAUCCCUGUGUAUGUAAUGCGCAUGCGCGCUCAUCCCCACAUGUUAGAGAAUCCAGCACUGGCAGAAUCAACUUACGGUACUUCUUUUUCUUGAGUCCUGGUAUACCGGUAAGCCACAAUACCAUAUAGAAUAGAUAACAGUAGAUGCAUGUACACAAGUCUAUUAACAAUAGAUACAUGUACACAAGUCUUUUCUUCUCAGUUAUAGAUAGAUAUACACUUUCUGCUUGUUUAUAUACUAUACUGUCAGUGCUUAAAUCUCUCUUACUCUGUCCCUUUAACAAAGGUUUGCUCCCACUGUUUGGCUACAGGCCAUUUAAAUAACAUGCAGUUGCUUCAGUAUCGUUGAAGAUUGAUUAUUCAUCAAGCCAUCUGUUUCCAUUCAGCUCCUCUCCUAGAUCCUAUAAUGACUGUGUGGAAUUCAAUUCUGUCAACAAUUGCAAUCAACGUAAUUAUACCUCUUCUAAUAGUUUUUGACGAAAGCAAAACAAUGGCGAUUGAAUUCUGUGAUUGAACUCUUUUUAGACUGCUUACAUUGCAAAUUAUUUACCUCUUCUAUAACACUCUCUAAUACUUUUAAACGAAAGCAAAAACAUGGCGAGAGGCAUUAGCAAGCGUGCGCUUGCAACACUAGUUACUUGACAGUUGUAGGCCCCAUUUGAGCUACAGUGAAUCUGUAUGUGACUUUAUGAUCUGGGGUUGAAUUGAUCAAGAGUUAGCGGAACUUAUGUUACCUCAUCCCUAUACCAACUUUCGUCCUUAUUGGUUACCCGAGGGCCUGGUAUCGACUGCUUACGCUUGCUCUAGCCACCCACUGAUAUCCGGCGCACACAGUCAGAGAGAAGAAAGAUAGAUCAGUAAUCUGGAGCUGGAACUUCAUUGAACGUACAUUUUACAGUUCGAUUUAGGCUCUACCCCUAAUACUGUGUACAAUGUACUCCUAACAAAAUAUGCUGCAAGAAAGUUCGAUGACUAUUAUUUGGAAGCUGCAGCACUAGAGUUGAAACGCUGCUAAACAAACCUAGAAUGAAGUCAAUGUUUUCUGUUUACGCUCAAGCUAUGCCUACAUGUAUGCACAUGUAUAUGUACUCUGUGCGAACAGUCAGUAGCAGUCUUUCUUCUCAUAACACCUGCUUAUAAGAGACUAACACUGCAUAUACAUGUACAGUGUACAUUGAAAGUGGAGAUUCUGAUUGACGUUUCACCUUAAGUUUGCCAGCUGUAGUCUUGGAACCCCAACAUCAUCAUGGUGCACUAUCUAGAGGUGACUUCUAGCAACUAUGUGUUUAGAAAGUCCAUCGAAGAACAAGAAGGCCUGGAGCUAGCAGACACUCCAUCUGACUGGGGUAUGUUGACUGUUAGUGACUGCAAUGUAUGCUCGCUCAUUCACAUGGUGGAUUCUGACACGACGACAGAGAUCAUACUCUCUCAGCUCUCACUAAUCCUCAACAACAAUCUCGAACAAGCUGCUACUCUUGAAGAAACAUUAGUUUCCAACAACGAAGGGCUACCAUUCGAUAUGUACCUUGACACUCGCUCCAAAAAGGCAAGCAGCUCGAAAGUAGACACUUCACCCAUUACUGAACUUCAAAGCACUUCUAAAUCAACAAACAUGGAACUUUCAACAAGUAACUCGAUCAACCCACAAGACCCAAUUUAUAAAGCACCACAUUUUCUUGUGUGUCAAGCCCAAAAUGGUGCAAUGAGCUGUUUUUUGACAAUCCCCCCACCUACUGAAUCCUCUGCAGCGGCUAUGUUCCCACCUGGCACAAAGCUACCACUUCCCUCGAUUAAACAGUCAAUUCAAAUGAAAUUGAAGACCCCUCAGAAAACAGGCAGUAAAUCUAAGCGAAUCAUAAAUGGAAAAGAAAAAGCUGUCAGUGGAGACAAAAUUAUGGGUAUUUUUUCGAAGAUGGUACCUUUUACAAAGCAGGCAGGGAAUGGAAAUUUAGUUGUUUCAACUGCGACGGGUAUUUCACAACCGAGUAUCUUAAAAACACCCGAUUACGACCCUGAAAAGUUUUCAGACUUUGCACUUCGUCUAUCAACUGAAGGAGUAACUCCCGACCUUGAGCGACAAAUGUCACAAUCUAGUGCGAGUUCCGACGUUGAUGAAUUAAACAUGAGCAAUUUUACUGGGCACAGUAACACUGUGAGCCUUAGCAAUUCAGAAAUGGAUUUAUCAAACGUCCAACAAGACAUCCCUGUUCCUGCACAUUCUCUUUCCAAUAUCACAGCGUCACUUGUAUCUCAACAAACUACAGUGCAACAUUCUUCAGCGUCAACAAUGACUGAUCUCCAUAACGAUUCAGGAGAAAGUGAUCUUCUCGAUAUUGAACUAGAUGAUGAAAGUGUCCAACAAUUGCUUCGGUUGUCACCAGAGCCGAUGCAAUCCAGCAAUCUUCUCAAUGGCUCCUCCCAUAUUGAGCCUCCAAUGUCUCCCCUCACUCAGCUUAUGAACAGUUUGGCAUCACCUUUGGGUGAACCCAUCACACAUCACAUUUCUAACAGCUUUCAAACUGGAGCAGAUUCUAGCAGCUUUCAAGCUGGAACGGAUUCAAGCACCUCAAGCAGUAACAUGUGGUCUAAUUCUACAACAACAACAAUGCCAGAACACCAUCAAUCUUCCACCUCAAUGAAUCUUCCCAUGAACUUUGAUAUGAAUACACACACUUCGUUUCAGCCACUACCACAUUUGUCAGCACCAAAUCAUCACUCAUAUAAUUUUAAUGCCCCAAAUAGUUCUACUGCUCCCAAUACGAUACACGACAUGUUCCAGCAACCCGAAAAUCACUUAUUAACAGAUAUUCUCGGCAAUCAAAGCUCCUUUCACUCAGGCUCUUUGUAUUCCUUGCCAAAUGCUUCCAGUGAUGCGACUUCAAGCUCAUUCUCUCAAUUUCCCGGCUCUUUUGCACCCGCUCAAGAGUAUCAAGACUUAGAAUCACUUAUGAAUACUGUAAUUACCAGCAAUGAUGCUGAAGCACAACCUCAAGUUUUAGUCUCUGACACGUCAUCAGUAGGUGUAUUGAUGAAUCCCACAUUGGAUGUUCAGCAAGCGUGUCAGUCAACUGGCGCAAAUAAUUACGCACUUGCUGCGAACUCAGCUGGCUCACUUAGAUUUUCAAACACGUCAUCUGACUUAUCCUCACAAGAUGGAGGCCAAACACACCUUUCUCUGCCUGACUUAACAUUUCAAGAGCACGAUUUGAACCAAUCAAAUAUUGAUGAUGCUGCCACUUGGUCUCAAUUCCUUUCAGAUCACGCUCAAACCUCAACACAGUCCACCAGUGCACGUUCUUCGAGCUGUUUGAGUAACAUGAGUGCCCUACAGGACAUACCAGAGGGCUCACAAAUGAAUCUGGAGGAGCUUCCGAUCAUGCAUCAGCUAGACGUGUAUGAUUAUCGCACUGGAGCUUCUUCGAUACCUUCGUCCCCCGGGCAAACGUCUGCUUCCAGCCACUCCUCCCUCUCUGCUCAUGACAUGUUUGACACUGGGUCUCCUUCAGUGCUGGAACUCUGUGAAAUGCUGAGUGAAUCGCCCAACGUUCAACAGUACGACUUUUCACACCUUACACUAACAGAUUCGGAGCAACAGCAACUGUUUCAUGCUGCCAAAACUAUUCAGGGUGCAUUCCGAAAAUACAAGGACAGAAGGCAGGUUAGGAGUCGGCAAAAAAGAGCUGCACUGAUGAUCGAAAAGUACUACAAACAAUAUCGCGAAGCAAAGGAGCAACAGGAUCAUGCUGCUAGGAAAAUACAGCAACAGUAUAGGCAUUACCGAAGAAGUAGAGACCUUAAAAGAGCCGUACUGUUUGUUCAGCAGAUGUACAGAUAUCACAGAAACAAAAAGGGAAACUACCCACCAAACACUACCAGCUAGAUAGUAGAUAGGUAGCUUGAUUUUUGUGUGUAUAGGUUCAUCUAAUUGAGAUACAUCAUUCUAAUUGUUUUGAUUGAAUUCAUGUUCACAAACAAA